UGAGUGAGUCAGUGAUGGCGUACAGCAGCCAGGCAGGCCGAGCCCAGCUGUUCUUCGAUCCCCUAACCUACGCCAGUUUAUUUCAGCUACCAACACUACGUGGUACCCGAACGCGGUCCGCUCCGCCUCGGAGUCUCGUUAUCCGGCGACCUUCCGGUUUUAUCGGUGCUCCGCUCGUCGACUCGUCCCGCCGUCGCUUCCGCACCGCGGAGAACGAAAACGACGCGACGAUUAUUCAUUUCUCAUCCGGAAGAAAUAGUGAAUCGAUCGUGAACGGCGACAGUGACGUCGAGAUCGUAUACGCUCCAAAACGGACGGGAGGCCGCUGCCUCCGGUGCGGUGAAACAAGCCCGAGCCUCGUUAUCUCAGAUUCGAAUACCGUCCGUAGGGUCUGGACCCUCGAACAUCCGCUUUUACCUCUUCGUUUGAGCGAGACUGUCCAAGAAUCGAUCGCUCGACAGGACAUCGAGUGUUUCCAAGUUCGAAUCAAAGAAGUAGCGCGUAUUCAUAGCGUUUGUCGAUCCCCUUGAUUGCAAGGGGGAUUUUUUAACGAGAUCCUAGACUAUUUCUCCAAGGAAAUAACUUGGAAAAAGUAGGAAUGCUGUCGAAAAGAUUGGAUAGGAGGUCUAUUCGAAUUGGGAGCCGGAUCUUUGGGAUCUGAUGAGUGCCGGGAACUUCUUUCGAACUUGAGAGCCACGGAUCGAACGGGCAGAAAAUCCUUUUGAGGAUAAAAAGGAAGAUAGACGAUUUCGUCGGGAACGGCACCUGCACCCGUAUUUUUCGACACGUUCGUCGUGGCCAAGUUGGAAACGGGACUGAGUAAGACGUCUCGCGAGCGAUCGAUACUCCCUUCGAUAGAAAUCGGAGAAGGACGAAAACAGAUUUCCCUUCUUUAUCGUCCACCGCAAAAGGCGCGUCCAGUCGAUUUGCGAAACGAAUGGCAAAACGUGGGCCGCGAACGAGAGGCGGCAUGCGACUAUAAAUGGAACUCGUAAUGUCGGGCCAUCGACUGUGAAGAAAUCGAAAGCAGAAAAAAGAUCAGAAGUCGUGUGUCCGAAUCAGUUUCCGACACAAGGAGAUGAUCCUUCCUCACGAGAUGAGCUUCCCAAAUUCCGCUUUAAAAGCUUCACGACAAAACUCGUCUAGGACGCGAUCUUUCAAGAAACAUAAUUCCCGGCGAUUCAUAUUCGUUUAAAACGAAAAAUGACUGCGUACAUAAAUUUUUGGCUCCAGUUCUUAGAUUUUACGACGUACCAGCGACCGGUUCCUGUUCACAAGACCGUAUCGAUUCGGUGGCACGUUCGCACUUUAUUCGGUGUGUAAAUUAGGUGCGAAGAAAACGAACGAAGAGAAGAUAGUUCCUUACACGUACAGUACACAUUCCGCGAAUCGUCGAAAGGUCAGCGUACCAAUUAAAGACCGUCUCGCGGCGCAUUUCGAGCAUCGAAAGGAGUACCGAGCAACAAGUACAGAGACCGAGAAGUCUCGAAGAAUAACGCGGAGGAAAGAUAAUUAGCUGGAGGAAGUCGCGCGAACCCGCGUUGAGAAGAACGCGCUUGGUGUAGGGGUGCUGAAACGCCUGAGGGACGUUUGAAAAUCUUUGCUUCGACGCAUGCGUUCCGUCGCACUCGACGCCCGAUGGAGCGCGAUGAAGCUGCCCCUCGGUGGAUGAGGCAGGCUUGGGACACGGGAAAGAGGAAGCUCCCCGAUGGUGCGCGAAGGACACCGGACGUCCCGACGCGCGAGUCCACGACCCUCUCGGUUUGAUUUCUCGAUUUCGUCCAGCCGGCUGCUGUGACGCGUCGUUAUAAUCGAAGAGUGAAAGUUAUGCCAGGCGAGGACAGAGAACAGAGACUGAGCAGCGCGAGGGAGGCAUCCCCGACGUCGAAGACGGGCGAGGAUAGAAGCCGCGGAGGCUCGAUGAUACCUCGUGCGAUGUCACAGAAUCCGAAGACCGUGAAAACGGAGAAGAAUCGUUUGAGACUGAUCAUGGAGAGCAACAGAGGGGACGCCACGGAGAAGGAGCAGAGAGUCAACGUGCACGAGGAUCAGGAGGAAGGCUAUCGAGUGUCCUCCGGCAGGAAGCCGGCGACACCGCGACACUGCGACCUGUCCUGCAGCAACGUGUAUCGAUGUCCUGUACGAAAGGAGGAGGAGGAGGACUGCUGCCAGAAAAGAUCGGAGGAGUGUCGCGUGUUACACGUCGGUGCGGAAGGUGUCGGCUCGUGGAGGUCCCAGCGGCGCCCCCGCGACGCCGAAGCAUCUACGCCCCUGGCUGGCGUCGCGGCGCACGAGCUGGAGUCGUCCGUGGACGGCGCAGCGUUCAACCCCGUCGUCGUCGCAGCGGCGGCGACAUCCGCGAGAUGCUCGCUGGUGAAAAGCGCGUUCAAACAGCCGCUUUCCUCCUCGUCCUCCUCCGCGUCUCUGCCCGUAAAUGCACACGCCGCCAGGCAGCCGAGGUUGUACCUGGGCUCCGUGAUCGCUGAGAUCAGCAAGGAGGAUGCCAUGGAGCCGGAAGUGAAGGAGGAGGAUGAACGAAGGUCGUCCACGCCGAGCCCUGAGCAGAUCUAUGUACGAAGAAAUAAACGGUACAAUGAGGGCGGAAGUAGCGAGGAGGACACGUCUCUGCAGAGUCACAGAUUACCGUCUUCUUAUCGGGGAACCUGGCCCAUCAGAAGAGACGUAUGGGCCAAUCAACAAAUGGGCUUUUCCACUCAACAAAGUGGAUCGACCACUGUACAUAAUGAUGUGGCCAGCGUGAUGAGCUUCUCCUCGAACUCGAGCGGGGUUCUUGGCUGUCCCUCGGAAACGCAGGGCGACCGGAGAUUAGGAGCGAAAGUCGACGUGGUUUACAACCUUCUGGGAAUGUUGGGUAGUACAGAGGGCCGCGAGGACAUGAGCGCGACCCUGCUCUCCAUGAGCAACUCGAUAGACACUUGCCUCAUAAUGAGACAGUCGGGGUGCCUUCCAUUGUUGGUGCAACUGAUCCACGCCCCGGGGCAGGAUCCCGAGACCAGGGAAAGGGCGUCGCGAGCUCUGCACAACAUCGUGUACGCGAAGAGCGACGAGAGGACUGGCCGUCGAGAAGCGAGGGUUCUCCGGUUCCUCGAGCAGUUGCGGGACUACUGUCAGGCCCUGAGAACGUCGCUCGAGGCGGGGCAGAUCCCCGACGACCUCGAGAGGCACCCUGGACCCACGAUAGCGGCGCUGAUGAAGCUGUCCUUCGACGAGGCGCAUCGCCACGCCAUGUGCCAACUCGGCGGACUCCACGCGGUGGCCGAACUGAUAGAAAUGGAUCACAUGGCCCACGGCAGCGAAUGCGACGAUCAGAAUUGUAUCACCCUGCGAAGAUACGCCGGGAUGGCGUUGACGAAUCUAACGUUCGGCGAUGGAAACAACAAAGCUCUGUUGUGCUCCUUCCGAGAGUUCAUGAAGGCGUUGGUGUCGCAGCUGAGGAGUCCGAGCGACGACCUCAGACAAGUGACGGCGUCCGUUCUGAGGAAUCUCUCGUGGCGAGCCGACACGGCCAGCAAGCAGACGCUGAGGGAAGUGGGUGCGGUGACAGGUUUGAUGAAGGCCGCGAUGGAAGGCAGAAAGGAGUCGACGUUGAAGUCGAUACUCUCAGCGCUUUGGAACCUAUCGGCUCAUUGCAGCACGAACAAGGUAGACAUUUGCGCCGUGGACGGUGCGCUGGCCUUUCUCGUCGACAUGCUGAGUUACAAAGCACCGUCCAAGACUUUGGCCAUCGUGGAGAACGCUGGUGGUAUCUUGAGGAACGUCUCUAGCCACAUCGCUGUUCGAGAAGAUUACCGAGCCAUCGUGAGAGAGAGAGGCUGCUUGCAAGUGUUGUUACAGCAACUUCGAUCGCCGAGCUUGACCGUCGUCAGCAACGCCUGCGGUGCGCUAUGGAAUCUUUCGGCCAGAUGUCCGCAGGAUCAGCGUUUGCUGUGGGACCUCGGUGCCGUGCCGAUGCUCCGAAGUCUGAUUCAGUCGAAGCACAAAAUGAUCUCGAUGGGCUCGAGCGCAGCUUUGAAAAAUUUGUUAAGCGCGAGACCGGGCUGCAAUAAUUUUGUGCAUCUGGACUCGACCGCGCGCGGUUUAGGCCUGCCGACUCUGCCGACGCUGGUCGCUCGCAAGCAGAAGGCUCUCGAGCAGGAGAUAGAUCAGAACCUGGCCGAAACUUGCGACAACAUCGAGCCGAGCACGUCGCCGACGAGCAAGGAUGACAAGUUAUUCAAAGUGGAGCACAGCUUCUUAGGGAUGAACUCGCGCACCUUACGUUCUUAUCAGUUGCACGGUCAACCGAGCACGUCGAACGUUAAGUGCAACGGGGUGGCCAGGAGCGAGAGCAGGGACUCGAUGCGCUCCAUAACGAGCACCCAGUCCGACACGAUGUUCGAGAGGGUGAACCGUCACGUGAUGAACGGCUUGUCGCCGACCGAGGUUCAGAUGAAGCAACAAUCCUCGUCGUUACACUCCGCGGUCGGCUUCGACAACAGUCUGUCCAGCGAGACUCAUUCCAAGUCGGAGAAGAAGUACGCCCUGCGUUACAGAAACGCCAUUCCGGAUCGUUUGAAGUCAUCCGAUGGUUUCAACGGCGAUCUCAGGUGCACCAACUCGACCAUAUCGUGGUCCUCGGCUCCAGACCAAGAAUCCGUCUGUUCCCAAAACUUGUUGCACUCUUCAGUGGAGGACAACUUGCCGCAGAGCGUCUCGUCCACGCUGAAGACCGGCAGCCAGUCGAGCAUCUCCGAGGAAACGGAACUGAACGUCCGCACGAAAACGGAGUACGUGACCACGAAAUCUGGGAUGGACGACUCGUCGUCGUUGUCGUACGUCAGCACAGACUCACCUGUGAAAGAGACGGGAAUCAGUUUCGGGAACGUCUACGAUAAAGCCAUGCUGCAUCAGCACAAUUCGUUGAAUACCGUGCAGAAAGCCAUCUCGCCGACCGUCGCUCAUCGAACGGCGGAGGGAAAUUUAUUUAGCGAUUACGCCGAGACCGAUUUGGAUCAGCCUACCGAUUAUAGUCUGCGUUACGCCGAGCGAAGUUUGGAAGAUGAGGAGAAACCGCAUUAUUUCACGAACAACGAUCAGGAACUUAUUCACGAGGAUACGGUGAAGACUUAUUGCACGGAAGGGACGCCGCACGGGACGUCCCUGAAUUCUUCCAGAGCGGCCUCGGCUUCCGACUUGCAGGAGGACAGUCGACAGAAAAGUUUGUUGAAAAAGAUUCAGGAGCAGGGUAAACUGCAAGACAAGGAGGAAUUGGGUAUUAAGAACGUCGAAGAGGACGAGUGUGCUUCUACGAAGAGUCCGUCAAGCUUAAAAGCGCAGUUAUCGUCGAAUAAUUUGCAAUACGAUGAAGGCGGUAACGCAGCAUCUAAUUGUACGAAGAGUGUGGCGACUGAAAACGCCGCGUUCGAAAGAAAUGAGAAAUUCACUAAGAAUUAUCACGGUAACGGCGUUAAUUCGUACGUGAUAAGUGCGUUGAAGGCUUCUAGCGAUUCAGGAUGUAAGGAAUUUGAACUAAAAGGCGACACGCGUAACAUGCCUUGCACAUUAAAUAUAAACGACUCUUCCGAAUGUUUAGAUCAAGUUAGCGACGGUGACGAGGACGACGAAGAUUUGCUUACAGCUUGCAUCAACAUCGGAAUGCAAAAUAACAGGCACAGGCAUUCGUUUAUAGGAAACAAUUUCGAGAAAGUCCCACGAAGCGAAAGGAAUCUAACGAGAUAUCAGACCAGCGUCGCGCUAGAUCAAAUGGACAAUUCAUCGAUCGAUUCCACGAUGAACGAAGAAAUGAGAGAUUCCGAUGUCUUGAACAUCGAUAGCAAGUCGAGUACCAUCCCGCCGGAAUUUCAGGAUCAGAAUCCAUUUACGCAGAUGGGAGACGCGUCCAACAUCUCCGUGGAACAGCCCGAUCAAAGUCUGCAACACCAAUUUGAUAAAAACACGGAGGACGGUUCGAUACUGGGCGAAGGAAGUCUGUGCAACUUUUCGCUGCCUUCGAACCUGAGAAACAGUCCGAUAUUCCAAGAAACCGUAGUGUUCAACACAGAACCGACGCAACAACAAUACUUAUCGAGCAUCGAUACUCAAUCGAACGAAGACAUGUCCUCUUUGAUUCACAACGAUCUUCUCGAGAACGUCGAAGAUGAUUGCGAGAACGAGAAAACAGCGGAGUCGUUGAAAGGUCAAGAGAACUCCAUGCAGCAGUCUUACGCAAAAGUGACAGACUCUGAGAGCAGCGAGUCGAUCGAUUCCGUCGAGCAAUCGGAGCAAGCGCUUCUAGAAUUGUGCAUCCAACCCGGAUUGACAAAGACCAUGGACAACGCUGUGAAAUCUGGUACACGCGACAAUGAAUUUGGCGAACGACGAGUCGACGACAUUUCGAACAAGGGGAACGAUACGUGCCAAGUGGAUGGCGUGAAGAAAGAGGAGACUGAUUCGAAACAUAAAUCGGUACAGAGGAACGCUGACGGUACGAAACACGUGGAGAAAGAAGACGCGUAUAGGCGUCAAAGGGAUCCGGAUGCGAUGAUUGCCUCAUUGGAUCGAUUGACCGCAGCUUUGGUGCAGCAGACGCAAGCGAUACGGGAGCGAGACUCGAGCGCGAUGAAGCAGAGCAUAGUGAGCGACACGUGGAACGAGGAUUCUCCGAACGACGUUUCCUUCCCUAGCAUCAGUAUCAGCGCUCCCAUAAUCGCUUCGUUCAAGAGCGACGUGCCGGAGGAGCAAGUCACCAUCACUUCGGAGUGCUACGAGACGGCCAGCAGCGAGAGCGGCGGGCACAUGACGAAUUCGAAGAUCAUCCAAAUGGAAGCGAUCAAAUUGGCCGAGGCGGUAGAUGCGGAGCUCAGGAACAGGCAGAACGAGUCGGAGACGACGAGCAUGACGUCCAUGGACUAUUUAGAAGCGAUCAAGCCCCCUUCGUCGAUGGGAAGCUUGUUAUCGUUGACAGCUAGUUACGCCGGUUCGGGUGACUGUAGCGAAUCAUUCGUUAAUCGAGACAGAUGUAACUCCACGUCAUUGCCUCCGAUGCAGCCGAAGAACGAUUUCCGUAGUUGUCGCAAAAAGUCUCUUCCUCUCGGCGUCGUCGCUAAGCGGGCCCUCAGUCAGACUCAGAGUCACACCAGCAGUUUGGAGAAUCUGUUGAACGAGUGUACCGGCUCGCAUCUCGAGAACGUGAAACCGCCCUCGAUGAUGGACGAGUUGCCGGACGUCGGCGACAUGGAAAACAGUAUGGUGAGCGUAGCGAGUAUCACGUCGGAGGUAGCGGAUUCCAAGGAACAGGACACGCACAAUCUCACCAGUAGCGACGCAGUGUUCGAUUUACUGAAGCCCGUUGCGAACGUGCUCUCUAUGACGUGCAUGCGUUACGCCGAGGCCAUGCACAGCACGAACAAUAGCAUGAGCGAAUGCUUAGAGAAUAUAAAUCCUCCUUCGUUGUUCAACGAAGUCUGCGAGAUGGACGAGUCGACGAUAGAGCACGGCACCGAGACCAUAUGCAGUGAUACGCUGUGCAUCGACGCGGAGUUGCACACCGAGGAAGCGCCGCAUCCGAUUAUCAUCGAGAGGAUCGACGAGGCGGGUAAUGACACCGACGAGGCGGUCACGCCGAUCUCAUCGGAGUAUUGCGGCACCAGCUCGGCCGAGUCCACGCCAAGAAAACGGAUCCACCGAAACUUGACGCCGAAACAGAAACGGACUUUGGCCAAGGACAGAUACAAGACAUACACCAUAGCUGCUGAGAUGGAAAAGAAGGAGGAGGAGGACCGACAAAAGAACGGCAGCAUGGAUGAAGAAAGGGUUCCACGUUGCAAGUUGUCGCCUUUUUCUAAAUUGACCCCGAAGCAACGUAGGCAGGAAGAUAGAGCCAGGUUUCGAACGCAAGUGUUGGAAAAUCCUUUUCCCGACCUGAACCAGGAUCAGCAGAACGAUGACCAAGAAGCAAACGGGAAACAAGAGAAUCCUGAUAAACCAUCGAGAUCGGUGUCGCCUGUAAAGUCUGCCAUUCCAACGCUGUCGAAAUUCUCUGCUUGCAAAGCGUUGGCGAAGAAGCGCGCCGAGCAGAAGAAGAGUAGAGAAAGGUAUCGGACGAGGACAUUGGACGAUUCGGAAUCUGUAUUCAAGGAUGGAGAGAGUAACGCCGCUGCGAACGUAACAGAGGAAAGGAUUCACAAAGGUCAGUCGGACGAGAUUCAAACUUUGUUGCAACAAAAUGCAACGAUAGUGUUAAACACGUUGAACGAGUCAAACAAGGGGAGCGGGGAGGAAGGAUUGCUGGAAUACGAGAACAUCAAUUUGGCAUCUAACGAGUCAGAAUCGGAACGGAAUCUACGGAUGCGAUUUGUCAAUGGCGUUUCCAAGAAAUUGAUAGGUUCCUGCGUACAACAACAAAUGGAGAAUGUACAAGAACUAGAGGAUCUCCGUAAAGAGACAACGGAGAUCGAGACGCCUAGAUCGCAAGAGAACAUCAGGUACACCGAUAACGUUGAUACGGAGAGCGACGACGAAUCGAACAACACCGAGGGACCGUCUCGGGAGACGAAGAGGCCGCGAAUAAUCAAACCAGGAAUGGUGAGGGAUCUCAGCAAUGAUUCCAAUGCUACAGACAAAUCGGAUCCGGAGAGCCCGAAAGCUAUUCGAGGCAGGAGGAAAGCUCUGUAUUCGAAUCCGAUCACGCGCAAACCGACGCCGCAGUCGUCCCCGUUGAAACAGGUGAACCCCAUCAGCGGAAUACCUAUCGGACGCAGCAACACCUCGCCCAUAGUGAGAGCUACGAGAGCGACCACGCUCAGACAGAAUAACAACAGUCCGAGCUCAGCCACCAGGGAGUUUACGAAACCGUCGAAUACGAGUCCGAAGGCGAUUUCGGAUGAGAAGAAAACAAAAAAUUUAUCCGUGGUCGCGAAGAGAGCUUCGGUUCCUCAGAAAGGAUCGUCAAUGACGUUCACAAAAUCGGUCAAGAGGCACAGCACUCCUCCGACCUGUUCCUCUUCGAACUAUCAACAGGAGGUGAAAUCGGAAUUAACCGUGAAACCUCUGGAGAGACAAGGCACGUUCACCAAAGACGAACCGGAAGUGGAGAACGCGCCCACAGUGGUAUCGGCGUCCUCUUCCCCGAUUAAAACGAAAAUCGCGAAACCCAUUAGAGGCGCGACGUCCAAGGUGCAUCCGACUACGGGGAAACCGAAGGUUCCGCCGAAACCUCAGCAAGUGCAUCAGAUGAAGUCGUCGAAGGGGAACGCGACCGAAAAGAUGCAACCUUCGAAAGCGUUGCCGUUGCAACUGGUCGGUACGAAACGGUUGCCUGCGAGUAAAGUGUCUGCGACUCCGAAGAUACCGGUCAGCAAUCAGAAUGCUGCGCAAGCAGAUAAUGGUAAGACGUUUCGAAAGGUAGGUCCCCUCGGGCAGAGGUCCAGCAGCAAUUCUAGCAUAGUUUCGAACUCGUCGACGGGAAUGCAGACGAGAAGGUUGGCGAAGGAAGCGACUAGCAAGAUCGCGAGUCUCUGGAAGAAGGUGGAAGAGAGCAAGAGUAGACAGCGUUUCGAGAAACCGGAUACUAGGCAGUGGCUGCAGCCUGGUAACUGUGCCAACGACGACGUGGACGCUCCGUCUCCGACGAGCGACGAUGCUCCCGCUUUCAGAUUGUUCCGAAGCUCGACGUUCGAGGGGUUGCCGCAGGAGAACGAUCGUCCCGAAACGGCUUUGUACAAAUCGAAAUUGAAGAGACCGCUGGUAGUCGGCAUCCAACCGAGCAAGGCGAAGUACAGGAACUCCUGCGAUCUGAGCGGAAUGAACGAUGCUCCCUGCAAGAUUCCCGUAAAGUCCAGCCAAGACAAGAGGGACACAGUGGACGCAGGAGAGAACCCGGUCGUCUUGCGUAAGCAUGUCGACUCUUCCGUGACGGAGGUCGAUCCUACGAAGCGGAUAUCGCGCCUCGGUUCCUUCAUCAGGGUAGACUCCGCCGAUGGAUCUGUCGCGCAAACUUCCGUGAACGGGGCAGCUGGCGUGCGAACGCCAGCGUCCGCGAUCGUACCGCCUUUCAAUUACAACCCGAAACAAGAAGUCUCGACUUCGCAGUCGACCAAGUUGACACUGGACGAGAGCGAGGGAAAAUACAGAGGGACCGAUUGUCACAGCGACAUAGUCACAGCUUCGACGAGGGUGACGACCGUAUAGGGAGAGUCUGUCGCGAGGUAAACCAACUGUUUCUUUUCUCGUAGUAUCGCUUUUCUGUUUCAGGCUAGUCAUUGUACAUUUGCUUUACCGGUGUCGACCGCGAAUCGGCACGCAGUACGCGUUAAGAGUACUCGAUAAGUAAGUUAAAGGUUUAUUUUUUUUUUACCUCAUCGUUUUUAAAAGGCGCUGCAAAUUUUUCAUGGUAUCUCAUUAAUUUCAUUGCAUACGCGCUCGGAUGCAAUUUCUACCUGUUGUUUUUUCUAUCCUUGAACAAAGGUACAAUUAAAGUGUGACAUAGCCGGAAAUCCUGAUAACACAUCAUUCCUAUUCACUUUGCGUGUUGUAUAUACAUUAAUAUUUGAGAAAUUCCACGAUUACGGUGAAGAAAAUUUCAAAAAAUCGGUAGUACGUAGCAGUAAUUAUGCUCGAUUAUUUAUUCAACUUUGUAUAUAUUGAACACGGACGAAGAAUGUAGAAAGUUUAGUGAUUACAUAUUACGACCCACGAUGUAUAUCGCAGAAGGUAUGUCUCUGUACAUCUUCGUAAUAGAUAAAAAUUCGUGAAGAAGGAACAAGAUCUGUAUUUUGUUUCGAUCGUAAAGAAAAAGAGGACACAUUUGUAUUCCUUUGAGUGACGAAUACAAAGUCUGAUCACUUUUCAAAGACUGAUAGAAAUGAUGAUGAUGCGAUAGAGAUUCGAAUACUUGGACACAUCUUCGACGCGACAAAAAAAUGUGGAAAAAUGUAAAAGUGGUAGUGAUGUUUAUAUCGAUCGUAGCGGUCUAAGCAAACAGAAAAAAAAACGCUGAAACUGGGAUUGCGCGAAGUGGACAAAAUUUUGUAAACCCUCUUACUUUAAGUUUCUAGUCUAUUCAAACGAACAAGCAGUUGAAACAGCUUCUAUUUUGGUCAUUAACAUGUGCAUUACGUACAAAAAUCAAUUUGCAUGUAACGAGUGUCCGACCGUUGUUCCCUUUCCAAAAAUACAUGUAGGUACAAUUUAAGAGUGUGUACGGAUCAAUUAUGUGCUCGGAUCGGAAAGUUUAAAAUAAUAUCGAUCGGCGUUUAACGAUGUUUAUUUUCAAUAUACGUUUGUUUCUUAUCGAAAAAUUGUCGAGGCGAGCGGGAGAGAGAGAGCGUGAAAUAUUUCUUAAGUUUUCUUCUAUGUCGCGUCAUCUUUCCUUCUACGUGCUUUGCGUGGAAAAUCUCAUUAUAGAAGGAAACCGUUUGACGCGAUACAGAGAGCAGAUUUUUAUCGUUGAUCAUUUAAACCCUGUUCCAGUUCGAGUUAAUUAGAUUUAACCCUUCCAACUUGGAACCAUAUCAGGGUGUCGUUUGAAUUUCCUUUUCUUUGUUAUACGGCGUUUGGUCUGUACACCGGGAUACGGAGUUCUUUUGUAAUCUUCAUCCUUUACUUAGAUCUUAAGUGGACUUUGUCUUUCGUUAUACCGUAUUCUAGAUUCGGCAGACAUCUUAAUGAUUUGUAUAUCGAUAAUUGCAGUACAAUAAAAUUUAUAGCUACUAACUACUAAUAAUUUCGUUCCUGGUACAAGAAAUAUCGUUACAUUCUUUGGUAUAUGUAAAAAACGAUACAUAUGUACGUGAACAUGAUCGAAGUAAUAAAUAAGUAUACGGGUUUAUCGCA